AUGAAUUUUGAGCAGCCUCCUCCGUACCAGGCCCCUGGUUACCCCCAGCAGGGUUACCCCCAGCAGGGUUACCCCCAGCAGGGAUACCCUCCCCAGGGUUACCCCGUGAACAUGGAGCAACCUGGAGGAUUCCCUCCUCAAAACCCAGGCUACCCUGCUGGCCCCGGGGGACCGCCUGGACCCUACCCCGGCCAGGGACAAGCAGGCCCCUACCAGGAGGGCUACCCUGGACAGCCCCAGUUUGGAUGGCAAGGAGGACCACCCCCAGGACCCAUGUAUGGAGAGGCACCUAAAAACACAGGUGAGAGGGAGAAUGAGGAGAGUGGAAGAGGGGUGAGGGGAGGAAAAGAAGUGGGAGAAGGAGGGGGGUGA